AUGGGGGUUUUGAACCGCGGAAAGAAGCACGAUGAAUCCUCUGUUGGCCAGGCCCUCGCUGCAGCCCUUCCGGAUGACCCAAGGCCCUGGUACCGGAUUGGAUACCUUUUGAAGCUCAACUGCUGUCUCAUGGUGCCUCUUCUCUCCUCGACCACCCUAGGGUACGACGGAUCCAUGAUGAACGGCCUCCAAACCCUCCCUCAGUGGCGAACCUUUUUCGAUCAGCCAGAGGGAGCGGUCCUUGGCCUCAUGAACUCUGUGUACCCGCUGGGCAAGGUGGUCGGCAUGGUGGCUGUCACGUAUGUCUCUGAUCGCUGGGGUCGCAAGCUUCCUCUCCUCAUCGGCAUGGUGACAUGCAUUGGCUUCGCCAUCAUGCAAGGGCUGUCUCAGAACCUGGGCACCUUUGUUGCGGCGCGAGCCCUGCUGGGGUGCGCGACCUCAUUUAUCAGCCAGGCGAGCCCUAUUCUCAUCACGGAGGUCGCAUAUCCCACGCACCGAGGAAAGAUCACGGCCAUGUACAACACAUUCUAUGCAAGUGCCUCCCUCACCACCUCACGUCCACAGUAUUUCGGCGCCAUCUUCGCUGCUUGGUCUACCUUUGGGACCUUCAAGAUUAGUUCGACUUGGAGCUGGCGCAUCCCCUCCCUGCUCCAGGGAGCCAUACCGGCAAUUCAGCUCGCAGGCCUGUUCUUCGUCCCUGAAUCCCCAAGGUGGCUCGCGUCUCGUGGUCGGAAAGAGGAAGCCCGACAGAUCUUUGCCACCUAUCACGCCGGGGGAGACAUCAACCCCCCCCUGGUGGCUUUUGAAGUGGACGAGGUCCAGCAAGCACUCAACGAAGAAAGUCAAGAAAUGUCACAAAAUUCCUGGCUCGAUCUUGUUCGAGGACAAGCUAAUAGGAGGCGCACUCUUAUCGCCAUCAUCGUUGGCUGGUUCUCCCAAUGGUGCGGCGUCGCCGUGACAUCGUACUACCUUACCCUUGUCCUCAACACUAUCGGCAUCACGGAAGCAAAGGACCAGACUCUCAUCAACGGUCUGCUUCAGGUCUUUAACUGGAUCAUCGCAACCUUUCUAGGCGCUCUCAUGGUUGACCGCCUCGGCCGACGGUUCCUCUUUUUGGUCUCAACCGCAGGCAUGCUAGCCAGCUAUAUCGUCUGGACCGGCCUUACCUCGUACUUUGUUAGCAGCCGUGACGAAGCAGCUGGCCGCGCUGUGGCUGCCUUUAUCUUCAUCUUUUACUUCUUCUAUGAUAUUGCGUGGACGCCCUUGUUACAGGCCUACCCCGUUGAGAUCUUCCCCUUUACGCUUCGCAGUCGCGGACUGUCUCUCACUUAUAUCACUGCGUCUACGGGCCUUAUCGUGGGAAAUCAGAUCAACCCUCUCGCGAUGAAGGCUAUUGCCUGGAAGUAUUACAUUGUCUUCUGUUGCAUCCUUGGUCUACUCUUUGCCAUCAUCUGGUUCCUCUUUCCAGAGACAAAGGGCCGUACCUUGGAGGAGAUCCGAGAGGUUUUUGAGGGUGAAUCGUCCACCGAUAGGGACAUUGAGAAGGAGGACAAGCUCAAAGUGGGUGGUAGAGCCACUCCUACCGGGCAUGUCCAGCACGAGGAGCUUGAGCGUUCUUGA